CUCCUGUGCCCCUGCCUCGUCUACGGGGCCUACGUCUUCCUGCCUUUUGAUGCCCCGCCGCUGCCCACUAUCAGCACCCGUCUGGUCUACACGCUCCGCUGUGCCGCCUUUGCCACGUUCCCCAUCGUUCUGGGCAUGAUCGUCAGCGGCAUCUCCCGCCUCUGCUCCUCCGCACUGGAGCCCUUCGGGGACCUGCAACGGGAGGUGGAGAUCCACCGCACCUACGUCUCCCAGUCUGUCCAUCUCUUCAUCCUCUACUUCUUCAACAUGGCUGUGCUGGCAACUUACCUCCCACAGGAGGUCCUCAAGCUCAUCCCUCUGCUCACGGGGCUUUUCGCCAUCUCCCGGUUGAUUUACUGGCUGUCAUAUGCCAUCGGACGCUCCUUCCGUGCCUUCGGCUUCAGCAUGACCUUCCUGCCCCUCCUGGCCAUGCUGCUCUGGAACCUUUACAGCAUGUUCAUCCUGGAGCCCGAAAACCUCCUUGCUGUGGCAGCGCCAAAGCCCGAGGACCGCUCCAAGGACACUGGGACCAAACUCCGGUUCUGGGGGUGA